CAGCAUGGUACGCGUACUGGAGGUGCAGAAACCAUGUAGCAGAAAGCUUUGAGCAGUUGUGGAUUAUCAGUUUCUCCCAACAGCAAUAAAAAGUGAAGAAUGAAGGCAACUGGAUUUAUUUCCCUAUGGACGUUGGUUUCACUGCCUUGUGGCCAGUUAGCAAAUCCUGCAGAACAUGAAGAUGUAGUAAAGCAUGCAAUAAAGCUGCACCGUGGGAAAGGAGCUGUUAUUGCUCAGAGAAAGCAGUGGGUGUUGGAGAGCUGCAGAAAACUCUCUGGUCUUCUUCGCCAAAAGAACGUUGUUCUCAACAAACUAAAAAAUGCUAUAAGAGCAGUUGAGAAAGAUGCAGGACUGUCAGAUGAAGAGAAACUUUUUCAGGUGCAUACCUUUGAAAUUUUCCAAAAGGAGCUAAAUGAGAGUGAAAAUUCGGUCUUUCAAGCAAUCCACGGCCUCCAGAGAGCUCUACAGGGUGAUUACAAAGAUGUUGUAAAUAUGAAAGAAAGCAGCAGACAGAGACUAGAAGCCUUGAGGGAAGCUGCAAUUAAGGAAGAAAUGGAAUAUGUUGAACUCUUAGCAGCGGAAAAACAUCAGGUUGAAGCCCUUAAGAACAUGCAGCAUCAAAACAAAAGCCUGUCGAUGCUUGAUGAAAUUCUAGAAGAUGUCAGGAAGGCAGCUGAUAGAUUGGAAGAGGAAAUAGAAGAGCAUGCCUUUGAUGACAACAAAUCUGUAAGAGGUGUUAACUUUGAAGCGGUUUUAAGGGUGGAAGAAGAUGAAGCCAACUCCAAAAGAAAUGCUUCAAAAAGAGAAGUAGAGGAUGACUUAGGUCUUAGUAUGCUUAUUGAUUCCCAGAACAAUCAGUAUAUACUUACCAAGCCCAGAGAUUCAACCAUUCCUCGGGCUGAUCAUCAUUUCAUAAAGGAUAUUGUGACAAUAGGAAUGUUGUCUUUGCCGUGUGGCUGGCUGUGUACAACAAUAGGAUUGCCAACCAUGUUUGGGUAUAUCAUCUGUGGAGUACUCUUAGGACCAUCAGGACUAAACAGUAUCAAGUCUAUUGUACAGGUGGAGACAUUAGGAGAGUUUGGUGUAUUCUUCACUCUCUUUCUAGUUGGCCUGGAAUUUUCUCCUGAAAGAUUAAGAAAGGUAUGGAAAAUAUCUUUGCAAGGACCCUGCUACAUGACGGUUCUGAUGAUUGCAUUUGGUUUACUAUGGGGACACUUGCUCCAAAUUAGACCAACACAAAGUGUCUUCAUUUCCACUUGUUUAUCUUUAUCAAGUACACCAUUGGUGUCAAGAUUUCUUGCAGGUAGUGUUCGAGGCGAUAAAGAAGGGGAUAUUGACUACAGUAGCGUACUACUUGGCAUGUUGGUGAUGCAGGAUGUGCAGCUGGGUUUAUUUAUAGCUGUCAUGCCUACGCUUAUUCAAGCAGGAGCAAGCACAUAUUCCAGCAUUUUCAAGGAAAUACUGAGAAUACUGAUACUGAUUGGCCAAAUCCUCUUUUCUCUGGCUGCCGUUUUUCUUAUAUGUCUUGUUAUAAAGACUUAUCUCAUAGGACCGUAUUAUCGCAAGUUGCAUGCAGAAAGCAAAGGGAAUAAAGAAAUCCUCAUUCUAGGAAUAACUGCAUUCAUCUUCCUUAUGUUAACGAUCACAGAGCUGUUGGAUGUUUCAAUGGAGCUGGGAUGCUUCUUAGCCGGAGCUCUGAUCUCUUCUCAGGGUCACAUGGUUUCUGAGGAGAUUAUGUCCUGUAUUGAACCAAUACGUGACUUUCUUGCCAUCAUUUUCUUUGCAUCCAUAGGACUUCAUGUUUUCCCCACAUUUGUAAUAUAUGAACUCACAGUCUUGCUAUUCCUUACGUUGUCCGUGGUCAUAAUGAAGUUUGUCUUGGCAGUGCUUGUGCUUUCUCUGAUUCUUCCGAAGACCAGCCAGUAUAUCAAGUGGAUUGUCUCAGCAGGACUGGCACAAGUCAGUGAAUUCUCUUUUGUUCUGGGAAGUAGAGCACGCAGAGCAGGGAUCAUAUCUCGGGAGGUCUAUCUUCUUAUUCUGAGUGUGACUACUUUAAGCCUUUUACUUGCCCCUGCCCUGUGGAGGGCUGCGAUUAUGAAAUGUGUUCCAAGACCUGAAAGACGCUCAAGUACUUGAUUAAGACUUGCACAUGUAGAAGAAUACAUCUUCUUGCAAGGAAUAUCUUCAUUGCUCAUUGUAUUUCUAUGCACUCAGAAAACAGGAGGUUUUGAGUAGUCAGUCCUCUUAACAUGCACUUGGUUAUAAGCCUUAUACUGACCUUAAAACAAAACAAAAUUCAACAUUAAAAAAUAAUUAUGUAAUUUGAAUUGCACACCUUUUACAAUUUACUUUCUCUCUGACAGAGUAGAAUCUGCCACAAUAUUUGUUCCUGAUCCAAUCAAUUAUUCAGAGCAUAAAUAUUUUUUUUUAAAUAUAGCAUCAUGCAAACU